AUGAUGCAACUACAGAGGUUUCCAGAUGUUUCAAGUUUGAGAAUAGAUUGCGUCCUGAGAUCAAACAGGGCAUCGGGUAUCAACAAAUUCUCCAGGUUUCCUGAACUGGUGAAUAAAUGCAGAAUAUAUGAUGAGGAAAGUAGGGUUUGGUCUGCUCAUUAUAAACGUUUGAGUGAGAAAAGGGGAAAGCAUUUGAAUCGUGGAAAUUCGUAUAGUGUUCCAGUUGACAAAGGGAAACAUAUAAUUUCAUAUGGUAGAAGGCCAAGUGUGGGAGGGGCUCCUGCGCCUAUCAAGUGCUACAGGUGUGGUGGUGCAGGAUACCGCGCCAAUGAAUGUAUAAGUGAUGAAAAUAAAUGUUUCAAAUGUGGGAAGUCAGGACAUCUGAUUGUUGAUUGCAAAAUUAAUGUUCCUACUUAUUUCAAUUAUGGGGAACCUGGUCACAUCAGCACCACUUUUCAAAAACCAAAGAAAGCCCAGACUGGAGGGAAGGUGUUUGCGUUGACUGGAUCUCAACCUAACAGUUAUGAUAUGUUGAUUAAAGGUACAUGUUAUAUUCACAAAAUUCCUUUGAUUGCUAUUAUUGAUACGGGGGAAACACACUUGGUUAUUUCUGCUAAUUGUGUAUGA